GGUGCGCAUGCGCAGCGCCCGCCAGCCACGCCGCGGUUCCUUCCUGCGCCUUUAUCUGCAUCCGGGUCCGUGGGAUUCGCGCUCCACUGGUCAGCUGGGGUCGCUCUCGGGUGGUUGGGUGUUGCUUGUUCCCGCUGUUCCAGCGUCGAAGAACCAUUGGGUCUGCCGGUUUGAACUUGUUCUGGAAGCUGUGCGUCACCGUAAUGAGGCUUGUAAUUCUUGAUAACUAUGACUUGGCUAGUGAAUGGGCAGCCAAAUACAUCUGUAAUCGCAUCAUUCAGUUCAAACCUGGACAGGACAGAUAUUUUACACUGGGUUUACCAACAGGGAGUACACCUUUAGGAUGCUAUAAAAAACUAAUAGAAUAUCAUAAGAAUGGACACCUUUCUUUUAAAUAUGUGAAGACCUUUAAUAUGGAUGAAUAUGUAGGACUUCCAAGAAAUCAUCCUGAAAGCUACCAUUCUUAUAUGUGGAAUAAUUUUUUUAAGCAUAUCGAUAUAGAUCCUAAUAAUGCACAUAUCCUUGACGGGAAUGCUGCAGAUUUACAAGCAGAAUGUGAUGCUUUUGAAAACAAAAUAAAAGAAGCUGGAGGAAUAGAUCUUUUUGUUGGAGGAAUUGGUCCAGAUGGUCAUAUCGCUUUCAAUGAGCCUGGAUCCAGUUUAGUGUCAAGGACAAGAUUAAAGACUCUAGCAAUGGAUACCAUCUUGGCAAAUGCCAAAUAUUUUGAUGGAGAUUUAUCAAAAGUGCCAACUAUGGCUCUAACUGUUGGUGUGGGGACAGUGAUGGAUGCUAGAGAAGUAAUGAUCCUUAUAACAGGGGCACACAAGGCAUUUGCCCUGUACAAAGCAAUAGAAGAAGGAGUCAAUCACAUGUGGACUGUUUCCGCUUUCCAGCAGCAUCCCCGGACUAUUUUUGUAUGCGAUGAAGAUGCUACUUUAGAAUUAAGAGUUAAAACUGUGAAAUACUUUAAAGACCAUUCAUGAGAGGAUAGCUGCACUGCAUCAAGAGGACACAGUAUUUUCCACUUUGGAGCUGUCUGUAUUUCUGAAGAGGUUUCAGGGUAUCAGCCUGUUAGGAUACCUCCUUCAAUAUGAAGACAGAAUUUAGACAUUCUGGGCUACAUAUGGGCCUCAUUUUACAGCAUUUUAGUAAAGGGCAGAGAAAUUGAAUAUUCUUAAAUAAACACAUUUCAAAUGUAGUUUGUAUACUUUUCAUACCUCCAUUGAGUUACUAGUAUAUCAAAAUACUGGAGGAUGUAAAUUCCUAUAAUUGUCAUCCAUAACUCUUCAAAUUCCAUUCACAUCACUACCCUUUCUUCUGUCAUCACUAAAAAGUGCUGACCAGAAUCUUAAAGGGUUUUAUUUAGUGCCUAGAUAAGAUCUAGGUUAACUAGAUCCAAAACAAUAAAAAUUGUCAGUAAAUGCAAGUUUAUUUCAAUAUAUACCUAUAUAACGGUAUAUACCUUUUGAAAGAUACAAGUUAAUCACAAGACAACAAGUUUAGUACACGUGGGGAUUUGUUUUAUUCAUUCUCGCUUUUCAUUUUUGCUUUUUAAAUAGAACAGCUUUGAUUUUUAGUAUAUGACAUCAUCAUCAUGAAUUUUUUUCUCUUACUUUGUAUUUAGGCUCCACCUCAGUAGUUUGACAAAGGUAGAAUGAGUUCAUUUUGAGUCAAAACCAUAAAAGUUACUUUGUAUAGACAUUGGUUAGAAUCUGUGACAUUUAACCUUUCUUCUGGUAACGUUUCAGGAAGUCUGGUGCAUUUUUAUCAGAAGAAUUAUUUCUGUUUGACUUAAGUAGCAAUUAUUUAUUUAUAUAAAAUCCGUAUGUAGAAAGUUGUCAGUUUUUACCUAAAGUCACAGUAAAUAUUUGACUUAAUAUCUAAAAAGCAAUUAAUAGAAUUUUCAAAAUAAUUAUUUCUAGUUUGGAAGCAGUCCUAUUUGAUGUAUAAAAGAUAUAUCCAAUGUAUAGUAAAGAAAAAAAUUUUAUAAAGGAGUUGAAUUUUUAAUAUUUACUGAUAUUUUAAUUUGCAUGUAUUUUAAAGCUCUGUGUAUUCUUUCCGUAAUCAAAGUUGUUAGCAAAUGACAGAUGAAUACUAUUUAAGUAGAAAAAUGAUCCUCUACAAAGGGAUACUCUGGAAAAUGUUGCAUCUUCUAGAUCAUACAGCUGAUAUUACCCUUAUCUUUGUUGUCCCCUCUCCUACUGGACAUGAAGUUUCAGGUGACCUUCAAGUAGGCUGUUGAGAAGCAUUCUCUCACUUUCAUUCAGUUGCAGGACUAGUGAAUGGAAUGCUUCCCCCUUCCCUCCUUUAGAGUCCCAUUCUUAUGGUUAGAAUUUCUCCUACUACACAAACACUUCCCAGUACUCUUUGCUUGUCCCUUAAAAGUGGGUCUUUCUCAAAGCUGGGAUUUUAGAGUCCUUUUUGCAGCCUUUCUGACAAGGAACAUCUGUUUACUAACAAGCAACCUAUCUCUCCAAUCCAGUAAUCCCAUUUCCUGCAAAACCGCAUUAAGUGCCUUUCCCCACCCUCCCAUGUUCUUAAUACCUGGAAAACUUAACUCAUUUCUUUACCCUCCAAAAUAUAAAAUCUCUGGUUCAUUAACUGGGUCAAAGACAGUCUUUUUAGAACUUUUUUCUCCCCAAAGAAAUAUAGUACUGAGGCAUUAAAACAGGAGUAACUGGAAGAUCAGCUAUUUCCCAAGCAGCUUCCAUAGCUAAGAGCAGUCUGCAAGUAUAUGUACCAAUUACAAAAUGAAAGUUAUAAUCUACCUGAUUUAAAAUCGUAAUUUCUAUUCUGAAUUAAAUGAUUUAAUACAGGUUGUUUUCUGUCUUGUUUUAGUAACCCUCCCUCAGUGUAGAAUUUGUAAUCAACCUUUGUCAUAAAUACAUAUGCCAAACUAUUGGAAAGUAAUUUGCCAGAUGAAUGGAUAGGGUAAUGUAUUAAGAGUGAGACAGCAGUUCUGAGCCCCUGGCUGGAGUCUAGUAGAGGAACUGCCAGAGGAUCAAUAUCAACAUAGACUUUUAGAUAUAAUUAAAACCUAUUAUCUAAGUCAGUAUUCAAAUUUGUCAUGCUUAAUCUCUUUGAAGACAAGAAAUGCUCUUCUGGUUACUCCCAAAGUACCUGUACACAUUCUAGAUCUGCACUGUUACAUAAUUAUAAAUUGGUAUUUGCUAGGUAGAUAAAACUUAAGACAUUCUGAAACAUUUCUAUUUGUACUUUUUCAAUAAACUUGACUAUAUCAAGAUGGAAA